AUGGCUGAGCCUCCACCGAAAAAACGCCGCCAGUCCCAUGUCCGUGCCAGCCAUUUGGACCAUUCGAUUGUGUCUCUCGACCGCCCGAGCAGCAGCGCCACUCACACCAGCGCAUCCGUCCAUGACGAGAUUACCGUCGAAGAACAUGCGGCUUUGAUGGAUGCGCUGAACUCAGUCAAGGGGGAUCRGAGAGUCGUCACGACCAAUGAGACCAUCAACCAGUUAUGGCAGGACGUCAAGACCUUGAACGAGCGGAUCGAGUUGAUUGGUAAAGCCCACGAGAAAAAUCUGCAAACGGAAGCAGCGAGAUGGAACCAGCUGCACGAGGCCAGGGAGACAACAUUGCGGGAGCAGCUGGAUAGCAAAGACCGAGAUAUGCAGCAUCAGCGUCAGACUCAUAAAGAAGCCAUGGAGGGACACCGUCGCGUCUGCGAGGAAGAUAUGAAGGCACAGCGCCGCUCCUGGGAAGUUGAAAUGCAUGCACGGUUGCAGGGCAAACACGUGGCCACGGAGACGCGCAUGCAACCCAAGGAUGACAGUUACCAUGCCUACCCAGAAGCUACGCGGGCACAGGACCAUGUCCGCGACGAAGACAUGGGAGCGCAGCUCCAGCAGCUACCUCGGCAAACCAGCCAGCACAUUGGACCUUCAUCGCCUUACCCACCAGAGCAAGAUCUCGUGRAGGUAGAUCUCCCCUUCCCCACCCAAUGA